AUGCUGCUCAGUCAACUCAAAUUUAUUGUGGCGCGCCUUUUCCCCUUCUUCGCAGUUUCGACACCGACAAUGGGAGUAGUCAAAGUGUGGUUGCGAGAACCACAUCAUACCGAUGAUGAAGCGGUUAAACUUGUAGUGGACGAAACAUCCGACGUAUCUGAUGUCCUUUUAAAAGUACCCGAAUUUUUGCGAGUGCGAAAUUUGAAACCUUCGGAGAUUCAAGCAGAAUAUCAAGACGCUGUACUCUCCAACAGGUUCCUACUUCAUAACGUUUUUCAAGGAAAAAAUGAAGGCACUUUGGUCAUUCGGCCACGACCUAUGGCCUUACAAACUAGCAACAAAGGUCUGCCAUUUACUGCACGAUGUAAAAAUCGAGUAAAUGAUAUCACGCCUUCCUUACAUCAUACGGUCUGUCCAUUACCUUCUCCCAAAGUUAUCAAGUUUGGAGAGAAGGCUGCACCGCCUGUAAAAAGUUUGAGGCGGGCGGUUUCGUACAGCGGAGUGCAGAACAGAUCGUCGAUGGCUCGUCGUGGCAGCCGAGAUCACGUGGACCAUUGUGUCGGACCCCAUUCUGCCCCUGGAUCUCGGGACGGGACGCCCAAGAAGCAGGUAAGAGAACGUAGCCAUCGCAACAACCCGGUGGAGUCCGCAUCGUCAGCGCUUGCCGCGCGGACCUCCUGUCAACAACGUGUACCGUUCGAUGCUGUGAACAGCGCCGUCUCCCGCUUUAGGCAGGAAGCAGAAAAAAUGAAAGCGACACCAAAGAGAAAUAACAUUGGUGUUGUGUGUGGUAGUUUCAGACCUCAAUGGGGGAGGCCUCUUUGUGCCACUUGUGGCCGGUCCAAGCAUCUGCACUGGGCCGCACCUGUGAACGAGACUCACAAAAGAUCUUCAGCCACCGAAAGGUCAGACAAGCAUCCAGCGGUGUGUGCUUCAACCGCUGGCACGCAGGGAGAUAGUGUUUUCCUCGGGUUGGACGGUGGUUACAGCAGUGGCGAGGGUCACGUCGAUACCAUACCUUCGCCUAAAGAUCAAUGGUAG